AGCUUGCUGAGAUGGAGAGCCUACGCAAUACCCACCAGGAGUCUACAUUCGAGUCACAGCGCAACGACCCCGCCAUGAUUGUCUUCAGCGAUGAUGACGACAUGUAGAUACCUGGUGAUCCCCCUCACCAACUCACACCAUCACUCCAUCUUAGGCAAGGCAAGAUCUCCUGUUUAUUUGACUGUGGCCUUUGUCCCGGUGCUGGCUGCUAGUCAUUGAUUGUGGCUAUCUGGUCUGGCUGAAAGUGGAUCUGUCCUGUGUUGCACAGUCGGAGACUAGUGACGUUUUGAUGUGCUGUGUACGUUUUUCUCCUGGUUCAUCAACAUGUGGGCCAUUGACACACGUACUUGAAUACGCACGUAAUACGCACGUAAGCAUGCUCAAACACACACGCAUGGACACACACACGCAUACACACACACACACACACACACACACACACACACACGCAUACACACAUACGCACGCACACACACACACACACACACACACACACACACACACACACACACACACACACACACACACACACACACCUGUACAUUCAUGAAUGCGUCUUUAGCGCUAUGAUUGUUUUUUUUAAAAAUGUUACUACUUUUGGUCAAGUAUAUUUUCACUUACUCUUGUGUUGCCUCCUGUUUCUACCUCAGGGCAUGUACCCCUCAGGGCAUGUACCCUGAUCUCUCCUGUUUCUACCUCAGGGCAUGUACCCUGAUCUCUCCUGUUUCUACCUCAGGGCAUGUACCCUGAUCUCUCCUGUUUCUACCUCAGGGCAUGUACCCCUCAUGGCAUGUACCCUGAUCUCUCCUGUUUCUACCUCAGGGCAUGUACCCCUCAGGGCAUGUACCCUGAUCUCUCCUGUUUCUACCUCAGGGCAUGUACCCUGAUCUCAUUUUUUCUGUCUCUGUUGAAGUGUCUGGCUAUCACUCCGCUUGUGCGGUGCACUUUGAAUAUCUUCUUUUGUUUUUGUUUUUCUAGCGGCGUCAGUGUUUCGCAGGCGUUUUAACAUCUGUUGCCUUGUUCUUUUUGCAUUGAUUGUAUGUCUGUUAGUACUGUUGCUGCUGCUGCUGCUGCUGACACUUGUUGCCAGUUCUGUUGCUUCAGCUAUCAGUGUCGUCGCCACCGUGCCUGUAGUGUCGGGUUUGGCAAGUGUUCCGUGUGUUCCUCCGUGUUUGCUUGUUUUCCCGUACCGGCGCCUCCGACCAUCCCGUCGUUUGCUUGUCCAUAGUUCUAGUCCGCAUAACAGUGAUCAGUUGGAGUUUCAGCUCAGCACCGAGCUCUGGAUUUUCGCUUCCCACGCGCAGCCUGCCAGGGACAGGCGCCACCGAUACGUUGAUACACCUCUGAGGACACUCUAGCCUCCUUUCCAAGGUCAGGUAGUGUGCUUCCCCUGGCAUGAAGCUCAUUUCGUUUGCUGAAUGAUCUUUUUGCGGAGAGAUGCCCCCUUCUUCUUUUUUUAUUCCAUGCCAGCGGCUCAGUAGACAGCAUAGCCUAUUUAACAGUUACAUCAACUCUAUAUCAUCUGUGCUGCUCAGUGACCAUCUAACUAGAUAUAUAACCCCCAGUAAUAAGUAUGUACGCCAAGUACCUUGCCCUUCCUACAGCCGUUCACCGGUUCAGAGUGUGCCCUUUCAAGCAUUGACCGGGACGUUGUUUCGCAAUGGUGUACUCCGUCACGCACCAGGAUUUCGCUUCCUUUCCGUCUCAAUCGCCACCUUGCCCCCCCCCCCCCCCCCCCCAUUCCCAUGUGUCUACCUUUAUAGUUCGUUGGCUGGUGCGCUUUUUUCUGUACGCGUCUUAUCAUGUUUAAACCUUUGAAGAUAUUUAUUUCCUCACCCUGCCCCUAACCGUCUAGUACAUAGUCUCAUGACCAAAAUAAUGAUACAUUUUAGCUGUUGAGGAUUCCUUACUACUGACUAUGUAGCUAUGGUAACUGAUUGUGCCUGUAAAAUAAGGAGUAAUUACCGUA